UUCAGGUGUUCAAAUCUGAGAUACGUCGUGGCUUAAUCAACAGCAUAUGUAUGCACGCAGUCAGCGCGCAGAAACGCGUAAUCGUGCGAAAGAUGAAUUGAAACGGGUCAUUAAUUCGGUAGAUAAAGUUCGGAAAUGGGAAAAGAAAUGGAUUGUAGUUAAAGAUACGCAAAUAAAAUUGUUCCGGUGGGUGCCAGUGACUGCAACAGCGAAUAUUGCAAAAAUACCACAGAAAUCUGUGGUACAAGAUCAAGAUGAAAGCACAACAAUUGCAUCAUCGGAAAAUACUCAAGAUUCAAUUGCAUUAGAGAACAGUGAUGUAGCACGAGUUCGCGCCUUUGGUAAUUUGAAUGAUGACUCUAACACUGGCUUCUCAGAAGGAGGAUUCGAUAGUGAUUCCAACCAGACAUUUGAAGCAGUUGGUUUCCAGAGUCAGAGCAACAACAGUGGUACUCCUAAUGGUUCGACAGAUUUUAGUGAAAUGCGACAGCAGGAACAGGAGUCAUCGGAGAUUAAAUCAUGAAUGUCGUGAUUAUAUUGAUUAUAUGAAUGACCGCUCACUCUGUUUGUACAUACGUAUUCUUAUCUUCUCUAACUGGAAUAUUUUAGCAACUCUGAGCAAUUAUAAGUAAACUGCAAGUAGCUACUAUAGGAAGAACUAAGUAGAAUAACCUAUAUGGUACCUCUU